AUGAUAAAUUUACAAAAGUCUUAUGUCCGUUUUAGUGCUAAUGCACCUGAGGAUUACAGGGACUACCUAUCUACCACUCUUCGCUUGCAGGCUCGCUCUUCCAAUGGUGACUAUUUGGGUCUCCUAGUUGAUCUAGGUCGUCGAAAAUGUAAAGAUUUCCAGUUUAUGGUAGACAGGGUAACUCAGCGUCUGUCUUCCUUUGCUUCCCUGCACUUAUCGUCAACAGCUAAGUUUGUCAUUAUCAACUCUGUUUUGGUGGCUUCUUUUAAUCAUAUUCUCUCAGUUUUUAAGGCCCCUUCUACUAUUUGCGAUCGAAUAGAUUCCCUUUUUUCAAGAUACUGGUGGCAGUCUGGUAAGGAUUCUAAAGGUUUGGCUUUAGCUUUUGCAAUGACAGUGCAUCUUCCUAAAGUGUUAGGACGUCUUGGCAUUAGUCAUUUUCACUCGUUUAACUUGUCUUUGCUUGCGAAACAAACAUGGCGGCUGAUUCAUCAUCCCCAACUCUUAGUGUCUCACGUUCACAAAGCUAAGUGUCCUUCCUUACUUUCCGCUAGGCCUAUUAUGACGGCUUUGCGUCCUUCUUGGGGUAGCCGGGUUGUCUUUAGACCUUCGAUUCUUGAGGAUGAUAGACCCACCUUUGUUUCUGAGUUACUGUUUCCAGGGUCUUCUUCUUGUAUUCCUAUUGAUCCUACCUGUAUCUUUUGUCAUCGAAAUUCUGAGUUAGUUGAGCAUUUGUUUCGAGAUUGCCAGUUUACUAAAAAGCUACGGGAUAACUUUAACCGUGAUCAGUUACUCAGUGCUUCUCCGUCUACUCCGUUUCAUCUUUGGUUCGAGGAUCUUGUGUCUUUGGUUGGCUUCUUUGGUUUAUGUUGGGCGAUUUGGUUGACAAGUAAUAAUGUUAGGGAUUCUCACACUGCUGGGAUGGGUUGGUGUUUUCGAGAUCCAAGUUCUCCUAUUUAUAUUGCUAGAGGAGCUAGGGCCUGCACUGCUAGUUCAGCACUCCAAUCUGAGUUACUUACCUGUCUUUGGGGUUUGCGGCAUGCUCUCCACCGUGGUGUUUCCCAGCUUCUGCUCUGUACAGACUGUAUGUCCGUUCCACAUCUUCUCGUGGAUCAUGGGUCAACGAAUAUUUCGAUAAUGUGGAUUUUGGGCAACAUUCGUAAUGUUAUCUCCUCUUUUUCCCUUUGUCACAUUCAGAAGGUUUCACGGUCUUCAGUUGCAGUUGCUCAUCGGUUAGCUAGUGCUGCUAAUCGUAAAGAGUUACUUUGUUACGUUUUUUAA